AUUACAUGUUACCGAGCGCCUCAGCAGAGCGUGUCCAUUUCAAUAAUUCCGCGGCCCAAUGCUGAUGAGAAUCUGAAAAAGCGACUUCGCCACUUCGGACACCGAUUCAAUGCAGAACUUGAUCAAGACAAGCUCGCUCAGACCUUCCAAGAGGCUGACCUCGCGAUGGGCAUUCGCAAGAGUAAAGGGGAUAAUGGCAAUGACCUGAUCGCGUUUAGCGAAGACAUCCUAAAGAUCGAAAUAUGCGGGCCUGAUUCAUCGAUGUUCCCGGUAUAUUUCGUGUUCCAACCCCAGAGUAUGGUGAAGGCGUACAUGGAUAAUCGCAGAACUAUCAUUCUUGCAGUCUUGCCCUGUAACGUGGACAUUCAGACCCAAGAGGUCAUCAAGCUUGCCAAGACGGCCGACCCAGACGGAAUUAGGACCAUGGGUGUCCUGACCAAACCGGAUCUCGCUUUCGAGAAGACCACUCAGGAGGCCGUCAUUGAACUGGUCAAUGGAAAGCACGACUUCCUGAAGCUCGGCUAUUUCGUAGUCAAGAAUCGAGGCGCAGAUGACAAUGUUUCCACGAUUUCAGCACGUCUAGACGAGGAGAAGGUCUUUUUCACGGAUCCCGCUUGGGUGACUGUUCAGAACCGAUGCGGUAUUGACCCCUUGAGAAGGUUGUAUUUGAGCAAACUGGCUUCAAAAUUUCAGAUGAUCACCUUAUCGGCCCUGGACGGACAUUAUAUGAGGGACGAAAUUUUCAGGAAUGAGCCUAAUCUCAAGUUGGCAACGAGGAUGGUGAAAUUGAACGAGACUUUUGCCGACAUCUUCUGGCAGAAGGGUCAUAAGCGCGCUUUUGGACCAGCACAGAAUGACGAAGGAGAGAGGUCGCUCAGCCGCAGCACCGAUGA